CCGCGCUGACAUUUGGAUCACCUCCCUCGGGAUGUGGUGAGCACGCGAACAGCCCCGGAAGCCACCCGCCCCAAAAGAUGCCGGCCUUCCACAGUUUGUUUCCCCUGGUUUCUCUCGUGCUGAUCUACUGGGUAAGCGUCUGCUUUCCUGUGUGUGUGGAAGUGCCCUCGGAGACAGAGGCCGUCCAGGGCAACUCCAUGAAGCUUCGCUGCAUCUCCUGUAUGAAGAGGGAGGAGGUGGAGGCCACCACCGUGGUGGAGUGGUUCUACAGGCCUGAGGGCGGUAAAGACUUCCUUAUCUUCGAAUACCGCAAUGGUCAUCAGGAGGUGGAGAGUCCCUUCCAGGGACGCCUGCAGUGGAACGGGAGCAAGGACCUGCAGGACGUGUCCAUCACUGUGCUCAAUGUCACUCUGAAUGACUCCGGCCUCUACACCUGCAAUGUGUCCCGGGAGUUCGAGUUUGAGGCGCAUCGGCCCUUUGUGAAGACCACGAGGCUGAUCCCUCUCCGAGUCACUGAGGAGGCCGGAGAAGACUUCACCUCUGUGGUCUCAGAAAUCAUGAUGUACAUUCUCCUAGUCUUCCUCACCUUGUGGCUGCUCAUUGAGAUGAUAUACUGCUACCGAAAGGUCUCCAAGGCUGAAGAGGCAGCCCAGGAAAAUGCAUCUGACUACCUUGCCAUCCCAUCAGAGAACAAGGAGAACUCAGUGGUACCCGUGGAGGAAUGAAGCGCUGUGACUUGAGGUGGCCUGAACACGGAGGGACUGGAUAUCUCAAGGUCAGUGAUGUCAACAGCCUCAGGAGGGUGCCUGUGGC